CACUAAAUCAGGAAUGCACCAAAAUUUUCCUUGACACCUACAUUGAUAGCCAAAUAUUUAGUGACAAAAAAUGGUGGAAAUAAUGAAAAAAUCUUCAAAACAGGAGACUGUCAAAGUAAUUGUGAGAUGUCGACCGUUAUCUUCACAAGAAAUUGCAAAUAAUUAUUCAAAAAUAGUACAUAUGCGACCACAACGUGGGCAAAUUGAGCUGAAAAAUCCAAAAGAGCAAGAUGAGCCAUCGAAGGAUUUUACAUUCGAUGCAAUUUAUGAUGAAAAUUCCACACAAUCGGAUCUAUAUGAAGAAACCUUUCGAGAUCUAGUUGAUUCGGUUCUAAACGGAUAUAAUGCCACGAUUUUUGCAUAUGGUCAAACUGGAACUGGAAAGACUCACACAAUGGAAGGAAAAUCAUCGGAUCCAGAACAACGAGGUGUCAUCUAUAAGUGUAUUGACCAUAUUUUUGAGCACAUGGCAGCAUCACAUAAUCAAGAGUAUUUAGUUAGAGCUAGCUAUUUGGAAAUUUAUCAGGAGGAACUUCGAGAUUUAUUAGAAGCCGAAUCGAAUAAGAAAUUAGAAAUUAAAGAACGUCCAGAUGGAGGAGUUUAUGUGAAAGAUUUAACGUCAAAAUUAACAAGGACAGUAGGUGAAAUACACGAAGUGAUGAUUCGAGGAAAUGGGCAUCGGUCUGUAGGGCGAACCAACAUGAAUGAGCAUUCGUCUCGUUCCCACGCUAUCUUUAUCAUUACUGUUGAAUGUUCCCGAAUUGGUGAAGACGGAGAAAGUCAUAUUACAGUUGGUCGACUAAAUCUUGUAGAUUUAGCUGGUUCAGAACGGCAAUCGAAAACAGGAGCAACUGGCGAAAGAUUUAAAGAAGCUACGAAAAUCAAUCUUUCAUUAUCGGCUCUUGGAAAUGUAAUCAGUGCAUUGGUGGAUGCGAAAUCUGCCCAUAUUCCUUAUCGAGAUUCAAAACUGACUCGACUUCUUCAAGAUUCUCUCGGUGGAAAUUCAAAGACAGUUAUGGUUGCUUGUAUUGGACCUGCAAGUUACAAUUUUGAGGAGACACUUGGUACAUUACGAUAUGCAAAUCGAGCUAAAAACAUCAAGAAUCAACCGAAAAUUAAUGAAGAUCCUAAGGAUGCUUUACUGCGAGAAUUCCAAGAAGAAAUUGAAAUGCUCCGUGAGCAACUGAAGCAGAGAAAGACAAGAUCGAGGGAUGGAGCAACUCAAAGUUUUUAUGAUGCUGAACGAGCAAAACUUGAAGAUGAUAUUGAAGCAAUUCAAAAAGAUGAUUCACUGAUAAAACAUGAAAAGGAUCGAUUAAUAAGAGAAAUUCAAGAGAAGCAUGAUCUGUUAGAAAAGGAACGGAUAGAACAAGCACGGGUUGCUGAAAGAAUAGCAAACAUUCAAAGUCGACUUAUCGUAGGAUCUGAAGAAGAUGGAAGGUUAGAAUCAAGGACAAAAGAACAACAUGCACAACUGGAAAAGAAGAGAAGAGAACUUGCCGAACAAAAACGAAGGGAAAGAGAAAUGGUUGAAGCAUUGGAACGGCAGGAAGAGGAUACUGUGGAUUUGAAACAAACAUUUUCGGAUUUAAGGACAGAGGUGGAGGCAAAGACAAAAAAGUUAAAGAAGAUGUUGAUAAAGUUGAGACAGGCUCGCAAUGAGAUUCGUGAUGUGUCUGGAGCAUAUUCCGACGAACGACAAGAUCUGGAUCAGACAAUUGCGGAAGUGAGCAAGGAAUUGAAGUUGAAGCUUCUUAUUGUUGAAAACUUCAUCCCUCGAGACGUGAGUGAAAGGAUAAAAGAACGAGCAGAAUGGAAUGAAGAUAGCUUUGAAUGGAAUGUUAACGCAUUUCAAUCAACUUCUUCUAAUUCGUCAACACCAUUAAACAAUACAAUUGAAGUCAACGAAGACGGUGUCUUUACACGAUCAUCUGGUGCCGAUAGUGGUGUCUCCGUGAGCGGCGGAAACGGGACGCCUGCGACAUCGCAAUUUUUGGACAAAAGACUGGUGGCAACUCCUGGCUGUCGACGGCCUAUGUCAAUGUGUGAGCGGAUGCUCGUGGAAACAGCUCGAGAACAAUUCGGUGCUCAGAGGAGGCCUCCUAUAUCAGGUUCAGGAUCGUUUGUCGAGGCGACAAUUCCCGAGGAGACAAUCCGAUUCUGUGGGGAGAACGUUGUCGUUUUCAGUGCUCUGGAACGAUUUGUUCCAGAGGUGACUGACUCGGAUCCGUCCACUUUUUCAAACUCAAUGAUGAUGUCAGCACGUCGUCCAUCAAUCGAGAAUCUGACAAUCGACGCGUCGAAGGUUCUCGUUCCAAUUCUGAACCAAUCGACUAUGAUAUUAAAAAAUUCAAAAAACGGUCAAGCCCGCAACGACACAAUGCCACCGAACGGUUCGAUGAGAAGAAGCCAGAAUUAG